UAUAUCAAAGCUGUAGCUGCCCUGAUGAUUAUCGCCCUGAUCUUCACAGCUGUCGCAUUCUUCCUCAAUAUUUGUGGUCUCAGCAAGUCCGAUAUCCGACGGAAGUACAUAUUCUACAAGUUUGCCACCUACUUGGCUAUUCUUGCAGUUCUACUGGAGUUGACAGCGUUGAUUGUAUUCCCCGCAUGCUUUUAUGUGAAGAUGAAAGAGUAUGGAUCAAGGAGAGAUUGGGAGGUUGAUUGGUCUUAUGGCCUUGCCUGGGGCGCCACCCUUUUUACAUUUGGUGCCUCAUUAUUACUAAUUUGCGACAAAGAACAUGAAGAAGUCUACUAUAAAGAGAAAACCAUCUACAAUCCACCACCAGAACUAAUGAAUUAA